AUGUCCGCCCCGAACGCCUUCGCCGCCCCCCCCGCGGUCGUCCUGUCCGCGGAGCAAGCGAAGGACGCGCUGCAGCAGACGAUGGAGAUCCUGAAGAAACCGGAGAACAUCGCGAAGAUGGACGUGCGUGCGCGGUGGACCCGUCCCUCCGAUCGAUCGUCGAUCGUCGUCCGUCGAAAAGCGUCGAACGCGUCCGAAGCGAUCGCGCGUAGCGCGCGAUCGCGCCGUCCUCGCCGCUUCCUUCGCCUGACGAUUCCCUCCUCGCCCCUCCGGACGUGUUGUGUUUUGUUUUCACAGGCCGCGAAGGCGGCGAUGGCGGCGCAGCCGGACAACAUCAUGAUGCUCAUGAUGCUCGUCCUCCCCGUCGCGACCGAGGUGUGCGCCCCGGUGUUCACGAAGUUUGGGUUCCCGAACGAUCAAGGAGGUCUCAUGGCGUACAUGAAGGCGGUCAUGGCGCACAAGGACGACGCGGAGAUCGCGGCGUUAGGGAAGGAGAUGCGCGCGACGUUCGUCCCGGAGGCGCUCGCGGCGACGGUGAACAUGAUGCUGUCGGGCGGGAUGUGA